UUUUUUUUUUCUUUUUUUCAUCUGUUAGUCUUUUAGAACAAAUCUCUUUUUUAUUUCACUCUCUGUGUCUUUACAGUUAUCUUGUGAUUGUUGCCCCAUAUAUUCGGUUCCUCUUUUUCGUGCCAUCCUUUCCGUCCCUCAAACAUGUCCACUGAACAAAAGCCCACUGUCGCCCCUUCUGUUGCCAAGGAAACUCCAGCUCAACCUCCAGUCCCCACUACUACUACAGCUGCUGCUACUUCUACUACUACUGAAGUUACCAACUCUUCUACCACCACUUCUGCCCCAAAUGAUAAAGUAGCAGCUACGGAAGAAAACGACCACAAGGUGUUUGUGGGUAACCUUUCCUUCCAGACAAAGGAAGAAGGUCUUGUCUCGUUCUUUGAAACUUCAGGAAAAGUAUUGGAAGCCAAAAUCAUCACCAUCCGUCAACACCGCUUCAAGAGACGUUCUGCUGGGUAUGGUUUUGUGACUUUUGCCACUUUGGAAGACGCUACCAAGGCUGCUCAAGAAUUGAAUAAGAAGGAAUUGGAUGGUCGUGAAAUCAAUGUAGAAGUGGCCCGUCCUAAGCCUAUUGUCGCCAAGCCUGAAGCUACUACAAAUGACACCACCGCUGAAACUGAAGCUGCCCCUAAACAACGCAAGCGCCGUGCUCGUAAAAACAAGAACAAGAAGACCGAGGAUGGUGAUGCCACCGAAGAAAAAGUCAAAGAGCCCAGUACCACCAAUGGCAAAAAGGCCAACAAAGCUACUACCACUACCACUGAUGACGAAGAACAAGCUCCAUCCGAUGCGUCUGAAGCAUCCUCUUCCCGUGCCCGUCGUGUAUCUCGUCGCAAGCGAAACAAGAACAAGAAAAAGGCUGCUGCUGCUGCUGCUGCUGCUAUUGGUGAAGUUCCUGCUCGUACUGAACGUCGUCGUGUGAAGAAAGAAUUGACUGAGCCUUCCAAGACCACCUUAUUUGUAGCCAAUUUGCCCUAUGCUUCUGUGGAUGAAACUCUCAAGGAAGUCUUUAAGGAUUACAAGGUCAAGUCUGCUCAUGUGGCUAGAAUGAGAAAUGGUCGUUCCAAGGGAUAUGGUUUCGUUGAUUUGGAAACAGAAGAAGAACAAUUGAAGGCUUUGGAAAAUGUUAAAGAUGUAGAAUUGGAAGGUCGUACCAUUUAUCUCAAGAUUGCUCUUUCUGAACGUCCUCGUGAAACUGAAGAAUCAAAGGAUCAAGUCAAGGAAACGGAUGCUACUAAUGCUACCCCUGCUACUGAAGAAAAAUUGGAUGCCAAAAAAAAUUAGUGAGUUAAAGAUUAGCUUUUUCUCUUGAUCAUUAUCGUUGUUGUGUUUACUCUUUUUUUUUUUUUUUUUU